AUGUGGAAGAAUUUUAAAGAAAGAACAAUAAAUAAACCACAAUGGCAGAACUAUUUUCGAAUAUUGAAAAAAAAUAUAAAGCCAGAUACCAAAAGUGCAGAUUGGUGUAACAGUUUGGGGAGCGCCUAUGUUGAGCAUCACCUAAGUAUUCGUGAAGUACGUGAUGUCUAUCCACAUUCCUAUAUUGACGCCGACUAUCCAGAACAAAGUGAAGGUCUUAGCACUGUGGAAGCCAGGAAACGGCUAAAAGAUGGCGGAGCGAAUGUCAUCGAAACAACCAAAGAAAUUAGCAAUCUUCGUUUAUUUGCUCGCCAGUUUCUUUACAAAUUUUGGCUACUUUUACUGGGUGCUGCUGCACUUAGCGUAGCAACUUAUUUUGUGCAUUUGGCUCAUGGAAAUUUUGAACCAUUAAAUUUGUAUUGUGCUGGAAUUCUUGUUGCAAUCGUCACAUUUAUGUGUUUUGUUUCAUUUUGGCAAGAAAAAAAGGCUAAGCAAGCUUUAAAAGAUUUUAAAGUUUUAUUGCCGCCAGCUUGUAUUGUUGUACGGAGCAGUGAAGAGAUACAAAUUUCGCCAGAGGAACUUGUUGUUGGUGAUUUGGUGAUUAUCGGACCCGGUGCUAGAAUUCCUGCUGAUAUUCGUAUACUCCAAUCCAACGGAAUAAAAUUGGAAACAUCAGCAAUUACAGGUGAAACAGAGCCUGUCAGUUAUACACAUGAAGCUGCAGCUCCACAUGUUAAUAUGUUUGCAGCAAAAAAUAUUGCUUUAAAAGGUUCGUUCUGUGUUGAAGGCGAUGGAAUUGGAGUAACAAUACGAACUGGCAAAUAUACGGUAAUUGGAGGUUUGGCGAAUAUACAGAAGCAUGCAUCUAGUUCAAAAAGUAAAUUGUCGUUAGAAAUUGACCAAUUUGCUCAUAAAAUUUCUAUAUUUGCGCUAUGUAUGGCAACAUUUUUCUUCUUUGUUGGCUGUCUCGUUGCCAGAUUUGAAAAUGUUUUGGACCAUUUUAUUGUUGGUUUUUUGGUGAUUAUUGUCGCCAUUGUACCGCAAGGUUUACCAUCAAUGGUAACUUCGCAGUUAACGAUUGUUGCAAAAAAGAUGGGCGAAAAAAAUGUUUUUAUUAAAAAAUUGGAUGUAAUUGAUGAACUUGGAGCUGCUACAGUUAUUGCUGCAGAUAAAACUGGAACUUUGACUCAGAAUAUGAUGAUUGUCACCAAUUUGUGGUACAACAAACGUCAUCAUAUUGGCUAUGGUGAUUUAAUGGUUUCUCAACCGAGCGGGCGAUAUGAUGGUAAUGAAAAAUUGGAAUCACCGUUACCUGAAAUUUUAACUGUAAUGAGUAUCUGCAAUCGAGCACAGUUAGAAGGUGUUCGAAAAUCAGCUCGGCGUGUUCAACAGAAGCUUCAACGAAACAAUCUGAUGAAGGGGCCGACGUUGAAAAAAAAAUUUACUGUCAUCGAUCCAAAUACGGGUUGUGAAUCGGUACGAACGGGUACAAGCGAGGUGAUAAACAGCGCAAGCCAUCAAGGAAUUUUUGACUUUUCAGAUAAGGAAAGGUGUAAAAUUAUUGGAACACCGUCGGACGUUGCUCUUCUACGUUAUGUAGAACUAAACGCAUCUGUUGAGGGAAUACGACAGCGUUAUCAGACUGUUUUUGAACUACCGUUUAAUUCGGUACGACGAUACCAGUUAAUUGUUGCACGAUGUUUAACGACGCACUUAAAAGAUUCCAAAUCAAAUGAUAUAGCUGAAAAAGCAUGUUUUGUGACGAUGCUUAAAGGAGCUCCAGAAGUAGUGCUUAAAAUGUCAAAAACCAUCAAAAUUAAUGGUGAAGAAGUUCCAAUUGAUAAAGAUACAAUUUCCGAUUGCAAGGCAGCAUGGGAACAUUUUGGGAGUGAAGGAAGACGUGUGAUAGCAUUUGCUGUAAAAUAUUUUGAAGCCGACGUUGACACCAAGUUUACAGACACUGAGAUGGAUGAUGCGUUGGAAAAUCUGAUGUUUUUGGGAAUGGCGGCAAUAAUGGAUCCACCAAGGAAUGAUGCUGCUAAAGCCAUAAUGCAAUGUAAAAAAGCAGGAGUCAAAGUUUUCAUGAUUACAGGGGAUCAUCCGACAACGGCUACAGCUAUCGCAAGGCAAAUUGGACUGAUCGGUUUCGACAGCGAAGAUGCAGUAAAUUAUGAUUUGGAAGCGAUGGAUAAAGCUGUUACGGUGAACAAACGAACAAAUUGGACCGUUGUAGAUGGAGAAUCUUUGACAGAAAUGACUGAUGGAGAAUGGAAUAAUCUGUUGUUGCAUCGUUACAUUGUUUUUGCUCGGACUAAUCCAGAACAAAAACUGUUAAUUGUUGAAAAAUGCAAACAACGUGGUGAAACAGUUGUUGUAACCGGUGGAGGGGUAAACGAUGCACCAGCACUGGCACACGCAAAUGUCGGCAUAGCUAUGGGCAUCAACGGAAGUGACAUAGCAAAGCAGGCUGCAGAUAUCAUUGUAACUGACGAUAACUUUGCGUCAAUUGUAAAGGGUAUCAAAGAGGGCCGAUUACUGUUCGAUAACUUGCGCCUAUCAAUUGCUUACACACUUGCACAUUUGUGGCCAGAAAUCUUUCCUGUAGUUUUACAUUAUUCUCUCGGUUUGCCAUUGGGGUUAUCGCCGCUGCAGAUUCUUAGUAUUGAUUUGGCCAGUGAAAUGCCACCCGCAAUAUCGCUGGCAUAUGAAAGUCCAGAACAUGAUAUUAUGUGUACACCUCCACGAUCUCGUGACGAAAAGCUUGUUUCAUCUUCAUUGCUUCUAUAUUCGUAUUUCUUCUCCGGAACUGUGAUAACGUUUGGUUGUAUUGCCGCAUACCUUUUUGUGUAUUGGUAUCAUGGAAUUCCGUUAGUCGACCUACUGUUUUCUGCUGAAGACCAUUGGAAAGUGGAUGCUAACAAUUUUACUACGCAAUUCAACGAUGUUUUCACAGAACCUGAGCAGCUGUACAUCAAAGGUCAAGCUGCUGCUGCUUGGCAAAUUACACUUGUUCUCUCUCAAGUUUUCCAUCUGUAUAUGUGUACCACAAGACGUGUAUCGUUCUUCCGUCAUGGAAUCACAAAUUUGGUAUCUAUUUUUGCAGUAAUCAUUGAAAUUUUAUUGCUCAACCUAUUUGUUUAUACACCUGCUGUUCAAUAUGUUAUGGAAACACAUACACCGCCAGGAGAGGUUUGGUUAUUUGGUCCGAUAACUGGAUUAAUCAUUGUUGCUUUCAAUGAGGCUCGCAAAUAUUGCGUGCGUCGAUGGCCAGAAAAUAAAUUUGUCAAGAUUGUCAAGUGGUGA